GUCGAAUUUGGACAGGAUCAUUGCGGAAAUGAAAGGUCGGGCUCAGGAGGUGGAUAAGAGAGCUCCAAAUGAGUCAUUCAGACAACCUCUGCCGCGGCAGCUGCUAGCACCUCAACAACAGGUCCCCUUGCAUCAACAGCACCAGCGCGUGGAGAGGGGCGACGAGGAUGAUGCCAGGUCGGUGACCUCCCACCCGGUGGCAAUGACACAACCGGAGGGGUUGACCUUAGAAACGCUGGCAGCUCAAAUGCAGGAACUCCAAGCUCGGGUUCAGGGUAAGAGACCUGUAGUUUCGCGAGGACACCCUUUUGCAGAGGAUGUCCUAGGAGGGGAUUUGCCUAGCAACUUCAGGGAGUUGAGUUUGUCCUAUGACGGAUCGGCGGACCCAGCCAGACACUUGAGAUCGUUCGACAACAUAGCUGUGCUGCAUAGGUAUAGUGAUGCUGUGUGUUGUCGAGCCUUCUUGACGACAUUAAAGGGGUCGGCGCAGGAUUGGUUCCAUCAGCUGCCAGCAGGAUCUAUCGAUUGCUUUGAAAAGUUCAGCUCUAUGUUUCUCAAUCAGUUUGCAAGUGCCAAGAAGCACGAGAAGACAUACCUCUCGUUGAUUAAUAUGCAGCAAAAGAAAGGGGAGACCUUGCGGCAAUACGUAGCGCGGUACACUAAAGAAUGCGUGGAGGUCCCUUCUGCCUCGGAAGAAGUCAAAGCUGGAGGUCUUACUCGAGGAUUGAGGCCUGGGAAGUGUAAAGAUUCAUUGGCGAAGAGGCCGGCGAGGUCCUUUGACGAGUUGCUUGAAAGGUGUAGGAAAUAUGUGAACAUGGAGGAAUCGGAGGCGGACUUUAUCCGGAAUGACAAAAUAAAGGCUAAGCAGCCAGAGGAGAGGCCUCGACAGGGUGAUCGGCGAGCUGCCCCUAAGGAGUCUCGGGAUGAGGACCGGUUCAGGGGUCCAAGGUAUGAGCACUAUAAACCACUUAAUGCUCCACAACAGGAGAUCUUGGAGAUGAUGGAGAAGCGGGGGGAGGAUAAGCUGCUCGCGCAACCGAAGCCUUUGCCUCCUCCACGAAAAUUUUCAGCAUCAAAGGAUAGGUAUUGUCG